AUGCAGCUUGUCUCUGUUCAGGGCGUGGAGGCGAACCCUGGUGUUGUGGAACACCUUGUGCAUUUCAGCCACCAGGCGGCGUCAAAGCUCGCGACAGAGGCGCAGGGCUUCACAGGAAGUGGGGAGGCUGUGCAGAAACAGCACGUGGAUCUCGCCAUAGAUCUAGGCGGUCAUCAGUACCAAACAACAGGCCGCUCGCUUCAGGAAAUCAGAAAACUUGCUGAGGAAGUCAACAGUGCACCAAUACCACCGAUCAGCGAUGAGCCAGGACACAAACUGCCCCCUGAAGAGGACUGUCUUCUCAAUCGCAACUAUCAGGUGAUUGCCCCUGCCGACUACGUGCCACCAACGAUCAGCACCAGUGAUGAAGACGACCCUGAAGAAGCACCUGCAGAAGGCAAUGGUGCAGGGGCCUCGACACAGGACAUGGAACCUGAACCGUCGGGCUAA